GGCCACCCUACCCUCAGCCCCAGUGUGGAUGAGAGCGCCUUGCUCUUAUCCAAUCAUGCCUGGAAUGCUGCUUGCCACUUGGGUUAUUUCUGCUAUCUGUCGCUCCUGGUGCCGCAGUGCUAACGGUUUGGCAGAUGGGACACUUUUUCUUGGAGUUUCUGCUUCCCAUUUCUGACUUGUGGCCGCGCUACCGGGCUCCUAGUUGCUGCUCGCCCUGUGUGUCCCAGCCCCCCGGAUCACCAUGGCCCAUCGGCUUCGGUUUCAUUUUGGCUCUGGUCGCAGCAACACAGCCCCUGAAUCUGAGAUCCUAGACCAGGAGAGAGAAGAGGACUUUUUCAUGGCAUUCCACACGCUGCCCAGGAGGAGCAGCCCGCACCCCUGCUCCCCGCACGGCACAGGGCCUGGUGGAGGCGGAGGAGGCGGCGGAGGCCUGCAGGACGGCGUGGGCGCGCUGAAGCGCAGCUCAUCUAUGUUCAUCCCGCAGCUGCUCACCGGCCUAGACUCCCGGCCCACUCGCAGCUCUUCUGUGCAGAUCUCCCUGCAGCGCAAGGCCACCACACAUGGCGCCACCGACGGGUGUGGGCCGCCCGAUGGCCCGGAGGACAAAGAUGACGAUGGGGACCAGGCCGCAGCUGCCCGGGCCUCCACCCAGAGCAGCGCACAGGAGCCAGUGCAGAGGGGACGCCCUCGGGGGCUCUUCCCCGCCCAGGGCCACUGGAGACUCCUGCCCCCAGAUCAACGGCCACAUAGGCCGCAACAUGCGAGUUCCUUGCCGUGGUGAUAGCGCGGAGGAGGCUGGCCCCGGCCUGCGCAUCCAGCACCGAGCGUCCAGCGCCGAUGUGCGCCAGGUGCGGCUACUGCCCCUUGGUCCAGAUGGCACGUCCGAGCCCCGGCGCUGGUCCCUGCAGCACGUCCCGGAUGCUUCUGGAAGUUCGGGGAAGCGGUGUUUCAUUUUCCAGCUGCAGCAGCCCCAGGUGGGCGGCCUGGGACCCGGUGGUGACUUCAACUUUGGUUUCACGGGGACAAAGGGCAACAGGUUGGUGCGGUACCCCCGCAUCCGGCUAGAAAGGAGCACUUCGUACCCGACCCAGCCGCGGGCCGGAAGAGGGAGCCCCACUGAAGAACGAGCCACCCCGGAGGUGGCGCCUACACCACCACCACCGCCGCCACCACCACCACCACCACGGGCCAGCAGGGUGACCCCAGAGAUCCACAGAACAAACUCGGCAGAGAGGACCCCGCAGGGCCAGGGGUGCAUGUUCAAGAUCAGGCAGGAGCCUAACAUUGGGCAGCAGCAUUUCAGGAUUCUGGUCACCCGAGGACCUGAAGAAGCGUCCGCAGGGGCUGCGGAGGAUGGUUCCAUAGGGGCUGCGACCCGAGACGACUUCCUGGGCCAGGUGGACGUACCUCUGAGUCACCUUCCGACGGAAGACCCAACCAUGGAACGACCAUAUACAUUUAAGGACUUCCUGCUCAGGCCGAGGAGUCACAAAUCCCGUGUGAAGGGGUUCCUGCGGCUGAAAAUGGCCUACAUGCCCAAAAACGGGGGCCAGGAUGAGGAGAACAGCGAGCCCAGGGACGACAUGGAGCAUGGGUGGGAAGUGGUCGACUCCAAUGAUUCAGCUUCGCAGCAUCAGGAGGAACUGCCACCCCCACCGCUGCCCCCUGGCUGGGAGGAGAAAGUGGACAACUUGGGCCGGACAUACUACGUCAACCACAACAACCGCACCACUCAGUGGCACCGGCCGAGCUUGAUGGAUGUGUCCUCCGAGUCGGACAACAACAUCAGGCAGAUCAACCAGGAGGCAGCACACCGCCGCUUCCGCUCCCGCAGACACAUCAGCGAGGACCUGGAGCCCGAGCCUUCCGAGGGCGGAGAGGGACCCGAGCCCUGGGAGACCAUUUCCGAAGAAGGGAAUCUGACUGGUGAUUCGCUGGGGCUGGCCGUGCCCCCACCGCCUGCCUCCCCCGUGAACCGGACCAGCCCCCAGGAGCUAUCUGAGGAGCUCAGCAGAAGGCUUCAGGUCACUCCUGACUCCAACGGGGAACAGUUCAGUUCCCUCAUUCAGCGAGAGCCCUCCUCCAGGCUGCGGUCCUGCAGCGUCACCGAUGCCGUCGCGGAGCAGGCCCAUCUACCACCGCCCAGUACCCCAACUAGGAGAGCACGUUCGUCAACUGUCUCGGGUGGUGAGGAGCCAACGCCAUCAGUGGCCUAUGUACACACCACGCCGGGCCUUCCUUCAGGUUGGGAAGAAAGAAAAGAUGCUAAGGGACGCACAUACUAUGUCAAUCAUAACAAUCGAACCACAACUUGGACACGACCUAUCAUGCAGCUUGCAGAAGACGGCGCCUCGGGAUCGGCUGCCAACAGUAGCAACCACCUAAUCGAGCCUCAGAUCCGCCGGCCUCGUAGCCUCAGUUCGCCAACAGUAACUUUAUCUGCCCCACUGGAGGGUGCCAAGGACUCACCCAUACGUCGGGCUGUGAAAGACACCCUUUCCAACCCACAGUCCCCACAGCCAUCACCCUACAACUCCCCCAAACCACAACACAAAGUCACCCAGAGCUUCCUGCCGCCUGGCUGGGAAAUGAGGAUAGCGCCCAACGGCCGGCCCUUCUUCAUUGACCAUAACACAAAGACCACGACGUGGGAAGAUCCACGCCUGAAAUUUCCCGUUCACAUGCGGUCAAAGGCAUCUUUAAAUCCCAAUGACCUUGGCCCACUUCCUCCUGGCUGGGAAGAGAGGAUUCAUUUGGACGGCCGGACGUUCUAUAUCGAUCACAAUAGCAAAAUCACUCAGUGGGAAGACCCGAGACUGCAGAAUCCAGCCAUUACUGGUCCGGCUGUUCCUUACUCCAGAGAGUUUAAACAAAAAUACGACUAUUUUAGGAAGAAAUUAAAGAAGCCGGCUGAUAUUCCCAACAGGUUUGAAAUGAAGCUUCACAGAAAUAACAUAUUCGAAGAAUCCUACAGGAGAAUCAUGUCAGUGAAGAGGCCAGAUGUCCUGAAAGCAAGACUGUGGAUAGAAUUCGAAUCUGAGAAAGGGCUGGACUACGGAGGUGUGGCCCGAGAGUGGUUCUUCCUGCUGUCCAAAGAGAUGUUCAACCCCUACUAUGGUCUCUUUGAGUACUCGGCCACGGACAACUACACACUUCAGAUCAACCCCAACUCUGGGCUCUGUAAUGAAGAUCACCUGUCCUACUUCACUUUCAUUGGAAGAGUUGCUGGUCUGGCUGUGUUUCACGGGAAACUCUUGGAUGGUUUCUUCAUUCGCCCAUUUUACAAGAUGAUGCUGGGGAAGCAGAUAACCCUGAAUGACAUGGAAUCUGUGGACAGUGAAUACUACAACUCUUUGAAGUGGAUCUUAGAAAAUGACCCCACUGAACUGGACCUCAUGUUCUGCAUAGAUGAAGAGAACUUCGGGCAGACCUAUCAAGUGGAUUUGAAGCCUAAUGGGUCAGAAAUAAUGGUGACAAAUGAAAACAAAAGGGAAUACAUUGACUUGGUCAUCCAGUGGAGGUUCGUGAAUCGGGUCCAGAAGCAGAUGAACGCCUUCCUGGAGGGAUUCACAGAGCUCCUUCCCAUUGAUCUGAUCAAAAUUUUUGAUGAAAAUGAGCUGGAGUUGCUCAUGUGUGGCCUUGGAGAUGUUGACGUGAACGACUGGAGACAGCAUUCCAUCUACAAGAAUGGCUACUGUCCAAACCACCCCGUCAUCCAGUGGUUCUGGAAGGCCGUGCUGCUGAUGGAUGCAGAGAAGCGAAUCCGGUUACUGCAGUUUGUCACUGGCACAUCCCGGGUACCCAUGAACGGAUUUGCUGAACUCUAUGGUUCCAAUGGGCCUCAGCUGUUUACAAUAGAGCAAUGGGGAAGUCCUGAGAAGCUGCCCAGAGCUCACACCUGCUUUAAUCGCCUCGACUUACCUCCCUACGAGACCUUCGAAGACUUACGAGAGAAGCUUCUCAUGGCCGUGGAAAAUGCCCAGGGCUUCGAGGGGGUGGAUUAAGCAGCCCUUGGCGGCAGCGGAGGUGGCCUUCCACCCAUCCAUCCGUCCGUCGGGCAAAUUCCACUUGCGCUUUUGCGUUUGCCCAACUGACUUUGCAGAGCCCAUGGCCGAGGAGCAGCUGCGUGGCCAGGCUCCCAACGCUGAGCCUUGGCUCGGGCCCAAGCCCAAACCUGGCCGUGGGCCCCUAGCCCCAGCUCGCGUUCCUGCCUCGUCCACCACACGUGAUCAGCUGGUUGAUGUGUACGCUAAUUACAUUUCAGGAGAACUGACUAUUUAUGUUGUGCCUGUGCAGGCAAAACCCUUAAUAAAUAUUUUGCAUACUUUCUAAUGACAAUGAAUGGAAUUAAUCACUCUACAGGUAUAGUAUUACAACUCAUGUUUACUUUUUAAAAAUGAUUCAGACCGAUUUUCACAUUUUAUUUCACUACUAUUAAAGAUGUCUCAUGUACUUGGAAAA